AUGACGGACAAACCAGAAACGAAACUCUCCCCCCCAGAGUUAAACUUCACUUUCGACGAGUCUGUCGCAGAAUGGAACGUCAAUCACCGCGAGUGGCUGAAAACUCACGACAAAACAUGGGACUCGCUCGCAACCGGCGCCCUCGUCUUCGACACCUCCAACCGCAUUCUCCUUCUCCAAAGAGCACCAGACGAUAGUAUGCCUAACAAAUGGGAGAUUCCAGGCGGUGCUUGUGACGACGAAGACGAAACUGUUCUGUACGGUUGUGUGCGUGAGCUUUGGGAGGAGGCAGGUCUGAGACUGCGACACAUUCGACGUGUUAUUCCUGAUGGGCCAAAUGGAAAACCUGGAGCUGUUUUUACGAAUAGAACGGGGAAGAGGUUCUUUUGCAAGUUUAGCUUUGAGGUUGAUGUUGAGGAUACAGCUGAGGUCAAGCUGGAUCCGAAGGAGCAUCAGGAUUAUGUUUGGGCGACGGAGGACGAGGUUAAGGGGCAGAAGAUGGGGGAGAGGGAGAUCCCACUGACGAAUGGAUUGAUGGUGAGGUUGAUUGAGAAAGGGUUUGCCAUGAGGAGAGACGACAAGGGGCGGUGA